UUCUAUUUAACUUUUUACUAAAUUCCAUUUCCAUUCUCUCUACUGUUUCUACUUGAUUUUGGAUACGGCAAGCCUAUGCGGGAAUGGAAUCAGAAAAUCGCGUAUAUGUCUAUUUUUGUUUUCAGUGGCAAUGGCUGCCCUCAGAUUUUAGGAUUCUUGUUCAAAAAACAUGCGAAGAGAAGAUCAAAGAUAUGUGUAAUGUCUAGCAAGGAUGCCAGGCAUUCCUCUCUCAGCUCGUGAAUCUGCGAAUUGUGUUUGCAAUUGUGGAUACUCACAAGAUGCAGAUCAUGUGUGUAGCCAUGAUCCCCAGUCAAAUUUGUCUGCAGAAGAGAAACUUGCAGCUGAUGAGAGCUUUUCACAUUACUGCAAGCCAGUUGAACUGUACAAUAUUCUUCAGCGCCGUGCUGUUAAAAGCCCAUCUUUCCUUCAAAGAUGUUUGCAAUACAAAGUAGAAGCAAAACACAAGAAAAGGAUUCAGAUGGCAAUUUCUCUACCAUCAACUGUAAAUGAUGAAUCUCAAAUUCAAAAUCUAUUCCCUUUGUGUAUAUUAGUGGCAAGACAAGUUUCUAGUCCAUCAGUUGUAGAGGAUUCCUCAAUUUAUCAUUUCAGUAGAGAAUGCCUAUUGACAAAGUGUACUGGAAGCGAUAGAGUGAAUCAGGAUGUAGCAAAUUUCAUUCUUCCUGAGAUUAACAAACUAUCAGCUGAAGUCAAAUCUGGUUUCCUUUCUAUAUUGUUUGUCAGCUGUGCUGAAUUGUUUAAGGACAAUGAGGACGGGUCACUCUUUCAAGCUAAUGUUGGAGGUCACUGCUACCUGGGUAAAAUUCCAAUGGAGUUACUUCAAAUAUCCUGGGAGAAGUCUCUGAACUUGAGUAGUGGUGAGAGAGCUGAGAUGCUGUCAACUGUUGAUCUGCAUUCUUGCUACCUGAAGACGAGCUGUUUUGGAGAAGACAAAUGUUUUUCAUUUUGUAGUCCCCGCCCUCAUGCUGGUGCUAUGGCUAUGAGUCUACAACUGCAAGUCUGCAUUGCAGCAGAAGAGAUUGGUGCCAAGGACAGAUCUCCAUAUGAUUCAUUAUCAUAUAGAGGCAUUCAUUCUUCAGUUUCGCCUCAGAUUAUAAGGUUGAGGGCUGGAAAUGUUGUUUUCAACUACAAGUACUAUAAUAAUAGGUUGCAGAGCACUGAAGUGACAGAGGAUUUCUCGUGCCCUUUCUGUUUGUUUAAGUGUGGAAGCUUCAAGGGUCUGAGAUAUCAUUUGCCUUCUUUUCAUGACCUCUUCAACUUUGAAUUUUGGGUUACUGAAGAACUUCAAGCUGUGAAUGUUUCUAUCAAGACUGAUACAUGGAGAUCUGAGAAUGUUGCAGCAGGUGUUGAUCCUAAGCAACAAACGUUUUUCUUUUGUUCUAAAGCAGGAAAGCGCAGAAGACCCAAGAGCCUAGUUAAAAGUACAAAGCAUGCGCAUGCCCUUGUAUUUGAUUCUGAAAUUCCGGAACCUCUCAAUGAACUUCGUAAAAAGACGGAUGAGAGUGGGGACCGUGACAUAUCCAGCCCCAAAGUUUCAUCAGCUACAACACAUUCAUAUGCUGAUCCCGAAUGUGUGCAGUCAUUAACUGGUAGCAACCUCAAAGCUCCGGCAUUGCUGCGGUUUGCAAGGAAAAAGAAGUUACCAGUUGAGCGGUCUGACUCCAGAAAUCAUUCACUGUUGCACAAGCGGGAGUUCUUUCAUUCGAAAAGAGCACAGCCUAUGGCCAUGGAGCAAGUCUUAUCUGACCAUGAUAGUGAGGAUGAAGUUGAUAAUGAUGUUGCAGAUAUAGAAGAUCGAACGAUGCUUGAUGACUUUGUGGAUGUCUCAAAAGAUGAGAAGCAGUUGAUGUAUCUGUGGAAUUCUUUCGUCAGGCGACAAAGGGUACUGGCGGAUGCUCAUAUUCCUUGGACCUGUGAGGCUUUUUCUAAAUUGCAUGGAAAGGAUUUUGUCAAAGCUCCAGGAUUACUCUGCUGCUGGAGACUAUUUAUGAUCAAGUUGUGGAACCAUGGUCUGCUCGAUGCUCGCACAAUGAACAACUGCAAUAUAAUUCUGGAGAAAUGUGAAGGACAAGGCACAUCCGACAACCACCAGCCGCCAUCCGGCCAGUAGUUUCAGAGCCAAUUAUGUUGCUAUAAUUCUGUUUCGAUCGAAGAAAUGAAGGGUACUAUUUCCUUUAAUUUUAGACUAUUAUGUUCACAACUUUGGGCGAAUUCAUGCACAUUCUAUCUAGAAUUUAACUUGGAACUGUUACUUGUUGGCCAUGCGAAAAAAAAAAAAAAACUAUGACUUGGUAUUUCUUUUGACAUCUUAUUGGUACUGAAAAUUCUUGGCUUUGGUUCUUUUAA